UAUAUGUACGGAUGAGUACGUACCUCCUCUUGUAUCUGGAUACUCCUCAGUCCUCAAUAAAUAGUUAUUCAAACUUCCUUAAAUUAACAACACAACUAUUCUCUUAAAUCCAAUAAAUAGUUGAGAGCUAAGUGUAUCCUUCAUUAAUUACUAAACUUCAGACGUCUUGAAGCUUGCUAGUCAACAAUGUCUUCUGCAAAACAAGUUCGUAAUGUGGCCCAACUCAAUAACAAGCAGGAAGCAAAGGUUGGUGAGGCAAUCAUUGAAGCAAAAAAUGUUCUUGCAAACAAGAACAAAAUUGCAAACGGGAGCCAGGAUCAGGCUGCUAAGGUCGCAGGUGUCCUGCGUAAUGAUCAGUCGCGGGAAAUAGUGUUAUUGGACACCCACAACUAUGAAAUAGGAAAAUUCCUAACCCCCCCACCUCAGAGUGUCCUUCCACAUGAUAACGCAUCGUUUGUGCACGAGGGUGUACAUGUUCCAUUCGUUCCCACCCCACCAUCAGGCUCCAAGGCUGCAAUCAAGUAUACUCACAAAGCUGGGAACGAGAAAUCUGAUGGUGAUCAACUUGGAUGGCUCUUAUCUUGGUACAGGCCUGAUGAUGCUGAUGAAUCUAGUAAGAUCUAUGCGGAAGCUGGGUCUUUCGAUAAGAUCUCGAAGAUGGGUUGGCGUGAAAUUGAAGAUAAGUUGAAUGCAUCUGGGACCAUAAGUCGCUACUGGGACAACGAUACAGGUGCUGCAGUAUCUGCUAAAAUCCAGGAUGAGGGCAACAAAACCGCUUCUAUUGGUUGUCACAUUGAGGUCAUGGAUGACUGAUUAAGUCGACCACGCAAACAAGUACUAUAACAGUUAGUACUGCAUCAUCAUAUAUUAACUUAUGUGAUCGAUCUACCUAAUUUAGCAACCAAGGAGCACUAAGAAUUUUACGACUUCGUAUUUAAGCAGCAUUCUCUAUGAUGCAACAACUAUCGUAGUGUAUAAUACAUAUGAAUAAAUAAUGCUCUCGGUUUUGUGUUUUGAAA